AUUCUCGGUUGUUUUCUUUCAGACCUUCCUUUAACUGAUUACCAAUUAAAAAAUGGCCGACGCUGUCAUCAGUACAGUAGUACAAGUGGCUCUGUCUAUGGCUAUCUCAAUCCUUGAAGACCCAAUCAACCUUGCAUGGGAUUUUAAGGACCAGCUGAACAAGCUUCGUUCCUCACUCGCUCUCACUCAAGCUUUCUUGCAAGAUGCACAGAAGAGACAACUUGAUGAGCCUGUCAAAGUCUGGUUGGAGCAGCUGAGCAAUAUUGCUUGUAAGGCUAAUGAUGUCUUGGAUGAGCUUGCUUACAAACAUAUUCGCAUGAAGGUGGAGACCCGAAAGAGAACAAAGGUCAGCAACUUCUUUUCUCCCUCCAAAAAUACCCUGGCAAUUACUCUAAAGAUGGCCAAAAAGGUUAAGAGUAUUAACCAAUCCAUUAAGGAUGUUAACUGUUGGGCCACUGAGUUAGGACUCCAACAACGAGUUCAAGUUUCAGUUCCUGUGUCUAGUGGAGUAGGAGGCACCCACUCCCUUGUUGACUCAUCUCGUGUUGUGGGAAGGAAAGCUGAUAUCCAAAGAGUAGUUGAUCUCUUGAUUGGUUCAACGGCUCACCAAAGUUUGUCAAUAGCAUCCAUAAUAGGCAUGGCUGGUAUGGGAAAAACCACUUUAGCAAAAUCUGUAUGCAACAAUGACGAAGUACAGAACCAUUUUAAGACAAUAAUAUGGGUCUGUGUAGCUGAAAAUUUUGAUGCCCGAAGGAUUUUAGUAGAGAUGUUAGAAUCUCUAACUAGAAAGCCUUGUGAGAUCAAGAACCAGGAUGUUGUACUUCGUGAAAUACAAAAGGAGUUGAAGGAGAAGAGAUUCCUUCUUGUCCUCGAUGAUGUGUGGGAUGAGGACAUUAAAAAUUGGGAGGACUUAAAGAGCAGUUUGCAGGGAAUAAAAGAAAGUAAACAAAGUUGGAUUCUUGUCACAAGUCGUAGUGAAAAUGUUGCGUUAGUAAGGGAAACAACGCCUAAUCACAGACAUCAUCUUAAGGAAGUGAUAGAUGAGGAGUGCUGGUCCAUUAUCAAAGAAAGGGCAUUUGGAAACUCUUCCCUAUCUCCAGAACUGGAAGCUAUUGGAAGUGAUAUUUCUCAUAGAUGUGGAGGCGUGCCAUUGGUCGCAACUGUUAUAGGUGGAACUAUGUGCAACAAAUGGGAUAAAGACGAGUGGUUGUCGCUACGAGAUAGCUCUCUUUGGGGUUCAAUAGAAAAGAAUGAAGGAACUGUACGGGUUCUGAAAUUAAGUUUUGAUCGUUUGUCUUCCCCUUCUUUAAAGCAGUGCUUUGCAUAUUGUUCCAUUUUUCCUAAGGAUUUUAGGAUCGAAAGGGAGGAUUUGAUCCAACUUUGGAUGGCUGAAGGCUUUCUUCAACAACCCAAAGGAAGUUCACAUCUGGCGUUUGAGGAUAUUGGUAAUGAGUACUUCAAUAACUUGUUAUCGAAUUCCUUAUUGCAAGAUGUGGAAAAGGAUUUGUACGGAUGCAUUACAAGUUGCAAGAUGCAUGAUUUGGUUCAUGAUCUUGCUCAGUCCGUUUCACAUAUUAGGCAACAACAAAAUGUGUUUGAUGGUGUGGAACUGUGGCACUCUUUAUUCUUAAAUUCUGGGAGCUUCAUACACAUGGUAAGGGACUUCAAAGGUUUACGGGUUCUUAAGUUUGGCGGCGUUGAUAUAGCAUCAGUAUCAGAUUCAAUUUCCAAGCUAAAGCAUUUGAGAUACUUUGAUAUUUCAAAAACUCUCAUUGAGAGACUACCGAAGUCCAUCACUCAACUCUACCUUUUGGAGACAUUAAGAUUAUUGAUGUGCUUUAAGCUCAAAAAACUUCCUCGAGGAAUGAAAAUUUUAGUCAGCUUGAGGCAUUUAUAUCUCAGUUUUGGACGCCAUGUUCCUGUUGAGAUAGGACGUCUAUCUAUUAUUCGGACUUUGCCAUUAUUUGAGGUUUGUACAAAGAGGGGAAGACAAAUCGGGGAAUUGGGAUUUUUAGUCGAACUGGGAGGAGAACUGGUCAUUCGUGGUCUCAAGAAUGUUAGAGAUAAGGAAGAAGCUAUGGGAGCAAGAUUAUGGGAAAAGAAGAAAUUGCAGAAGUUGAUAUACUUAUGGAACUAUGGAAGGGAAGGAUGCAGUAAGGAGGAGGAAGAGUUAGAAGGGUUGGAGCCUCACUCAAAUUUGAAAAGCUUACAAAUUGUUCUUUUUAAGGGAGAGUAAUAUUCAUCAUGGUUGGUACAGAAGACUGGUGGUGUCCCAAGUCUUCUUUUCAACCCACGAAUCUGGUCGAUUUGAAACUACUACGUUACCAGAAUGUGAAGAUUCUUCCAACUCUUGGCCAAUAUCCC